AUGACCGAGCCCAAACCAGAUGGCUUGGACAGCUACUACCUUAUAGACAACAAUGCGAAAUAUACCCUGCCGAGUCCUUCGCCUCUAGAUAACCUUCUCAAGUUAUACGGGCUAGAACCUAUAGCGAAAUCGCUUGAACGUACGAAAUCAGAUGGUUCAAAGGGCGUGAAGCUACGCAAGUCUUAUAAGAAUCAUAUCCAAGACCUUCCAGGAAAGCAUCAGAUCCCUCCAGCAAAGGCUGUUCCAGCAGCGCUUUUGGACCCUAACUUGAGCCAGCAGCCAGACCUUAUCCGUGAACUCGACGCCGAAUUGUUGAAUCACGCCUUGAAGUUCGAGAAAACGCCUGUAAAUGGUAUUCCAGGGUUUAAUCCCUCUGACUUGGCUAUCAGCGACCAGCUGACUUUAAUGAGAGGUGACGAUAUGAGUGAGAACGAUGAGACAAAGAGAAAGAGAAAGAAGAAGCAGGCUACCAAUGAGGCUAAGAGACAACAUGUCUAG